UGCUAGUCAGCAUCAAACACUUAUCUAAGGCAAAUUCAAAAAUCAUCAUCUGCCGAACAAUAGUUGAGAAUAAACAAAAAGAAAAACCCACAUCAAACCAAAGCAAACCAAACCAAGCCAGGAGGGGAGAAUCUCUCUCUGAUUGUUUGGGUUUGAAGCUUCCCUUCUUUCCUCUAUGAACUUCCUCACAAGCAAAACAAAACCACCACAAGGUUUCUUUUCUUCCUGUGCUUGAACUCCACAAAGCCAAGGAAGGAAAACAAACCAAACCAAUAUCCCUUAUAUCCCACUUGUUCAACCUGUGUGGUUUAUCCUUGAAAUAUGGUUCAAAGAAAGGUGCCUAGCAAGCUUGGCAUCGAAGCUGAACAUGUUAAAUCAGAAAAGAGGUUGGCAAACUCGAAGCUAUCUUCAUCUCAGCACCAAGAUGGAAAAACUAGAGGGGCUGAUAUGAAGAAGAAAAUGAAAAAAUCAAGGUCAAUAAAGCUUUCUGAUCUUGAGGCUCUUCAAUCAUCAUCACCUUCAAGGAGAAGAUUGUCACAACCAGGAAAACCACUCCCUCUUCAUACUCCAACAACUACAGCAUCACCACAGAAGCAGCAACCUUUGUUCAGAACAACAGAUGGUUCACCUAAUUACAUGAAGCCAACAAGCAGUUCACAUGCAAAAAAGGAGCUUUUCCCGGUAAGCCACAGGAACACUCAACCUGGUUCUGAUUUUAGGAGUCUUCCUAGACAAUUUUCCAGUGAUUCCAAAGCUUCCUGUGCUAAGAAGCCUGCAAAAGUUUUGACAAGAACAUCCAGUUUGAGUUUGGUGAGAACAUUGACCAAAACCACUAGUUUCAAGGCUUCUAGAGCUUGUUCUAGAAAAUCCACCAGGGCUGUUAUGUGUGCAGAUAUGGGUGCACCACAGAGAGCCACUUGUUCUUCAACUUUGAAGGACUCAAAGUUCCCUGCAUACCUCAUGCUUAGCCCUGGGGGAACUGAGUCAGAGGGAACUUCAGCCAUGAAGGUUUGCCCUUACACAUAUUGUUCUCUUAAUGGUCAUCAUCAUGCUGAUUUGCCACCGUUGAAGAGCUUCGUGUCUGCGAGGAGGUUGCUUUUGAAGAUGCAGAAGCGUGCAAAGCUUGAAGCUCUCAGCCCUCGGAGACUGAAGGUUCCCCUUGAGACACAGAAGGAGGACUCUGAUGCUGAGCAGAAUGUCUUUGAUGCAAAACCUUCUUGUGAUGAAAUUGGCAUUGAUAUCUUCAUUGAAAUCUAUGCCAAUGAAAAGGAUGCAAAACCAACAGCAGCAGAAGAAAUGGGGAGAAUAGAUUUUCUCAAAGAGAUUGAGGAUCAUGAAGAUAACAAGUCAACACUUGAGGAUAAUGGCAUAGAAGCCAGUGAGGGUGUCAUGCAAAUCACUACUUCAAGAAGUAUUGGUAAUUGUAUUCCUUCUCCCUCUAUAUCUGAGAUUGAUCUUGAAGAGGAUUUGAAAAAAUCCUUAGAUAAUGUUGCAAUUGAAGUAGAUACCAAAGGAAGCUCUCUCCUAGAACAAAAUGAAGGAGGUGCAGAUGAAGAUUACCAAUCUAUUGUCUGGUCUCAUGAAGAAAUGAGCAUGGGAAGUUACUGCAGUGAUGGGGAACAAGACAUGGGGGAUGUUGACAUGGAUGACUCGGAUUCCAAAACCUUUGACAUGGAGUGGGAGGAGGAGCGGUUGCACGGAUUCGAUCACGAAGAGGAUGCUGAUUCUUCUGUGUACUCAGAGGAGGACAAUGACUCAAAAGUUGAGUCCUCAUCAGAGAGUUCUCAUGAUGUAUCAGUGACAUGGUUAGAUGAUAUUCUUGGUGGCUAUUAUGAGCACUUUCUGGUUGAUGAAACACACAAAGAAGCCAAUUCAGAAGAAAGCACCUACUUUGAAGAACAACCUAGUGGCAUCAAUUCUGUCCUUGAAGACACAAAUGGAAGCACUGAAACACAAGAAAUUGGUUACGACCAACCUUCUUUUACGGAGGAAAUAUUUGAGUACCUGACAAAUGCACAAAAUAAUGGUGAAGGAGAUGAAAAGCAUAAGGAUGAUGAUGCGGCCAGUUGCAACACAAAGGCACGUGAUGAAGAGACAAUUGACAACACUCAAUGUCAGAAGAUGAGUGAAACUUCCAAAAUUGAAGAGACAAAUGAAGAUGGAUACUCAAGUAGCCUAGAGAACAAUGAUGAGAGCAACAAAGGGGAGAGACAAAUUGAGUUGGUGGAUGUGUCUAAAGAAAGUAACAUAGCUUCUGAAGAUCAAGAUUUGUUGGAAAAAGACCAAGGCAAAGCUAUAGGGUUGCAACAAAGCACAAGUUGCAUAAGUGCUGAAGAGGAAAGCACGAGCAAGAAUUGGAAAGAUGGCAUUAGAAGAAAGAAGGGUGUUGAAGAUGAUGAUGAUGAAAUGAGAAAGUUCAACCCAAAAGAGCCAAAUUUUCUGCCAUUGGUUCCUGAGCCAGGACAAGAGAAGGUUGACCUGAGGCAUCAAAUGAUGGAUGAGAGAAAGAACUCAGAGGAUUGGAUGCUUGAUUGUGCUCUAAGACAAGUUGUGACACAGCUUGCUCCAGCUAGGAAGAAAAAGGUGGCACUGCUAGUUGAAGCCUUUGAAACGGUAUUGCCAGCAGCAGCACCCAAAUGUGAAACCCGUGUGAGAAACAAUUCUCCAGCAUUUGGUCAUUCAGGAAUAAUUCAAGCUUGUAGCUGAUGGAUGCUGCUGAGUCUUCUGGCAAAAGGUCACCAAUUAUACGUGUGAAAGUGUAUCUUGCACGGGAAGCAUAACCAAACCUCCAAGGAGUAAUGUGCAUGCCCAUUACAAGAAGUAAUUUGGUUGGGCAUCUCCACCUAUCUGAAACAUGGAUAAACUCAGCUUCAAGAUUUAGGGGACUUGUAAUCGUACUAAACGAAGAGUGAAGCUCCAGAAAGGGAAUUUGUGGUUGCAAUUUAGCUGUGUGGGUUUGCUUUACAAAAUUGUUUAGUGAACUUUUAAUUAUGUGUUUACUUUGUUAUGUUUAUAUUUGACUCACUAAUAUAUUUGUGUUAUAAAGGUUGUCCAUGCCUCCGGAUUCUGUUAACUUGCUAGUUUGUACAUUGCAGAAAUUAUAGAUUAUGUAAUUUUCUUUCUUCGUUCA